GAGAUGGGCCAUCUUCCUAGCCGGCUACUCCUAUAGGCUCAUGCACCAGCCAGGCACAGCCAUAGGAAAUGCCGACGCGCUCAGCAGAUGCCCAUCGAAGAAUCCAGUCGAAGACCCAGCCCCCACGCUCCACCUAUUCCACAUAGACGACGACGCCAGCUGUCCAGUCUCAUCCGCAGAUGUGGCCGUCCACACCCAAAAGGACCCCACACUCCGCCAAGUGAAGUCCUGGAUCCUCAGAGAGUGGCCAUCGGAAAAGACGGAAGAAAGGUUCAGCCCGUUCGCCAGGAAGCAGAAGGAGCUGUCCACCAUAAAGGGCUGUCUUCUAUGGGGAGACAGGGUGCUGAUUCCAAGCACUCUGCAACGGUGGACCUUAGAGACUUUGCACAAAGGGCAUCCGGGCAUCGUCCGCAUGAAGGCCCUGGCACGGAGUUACGUCUGGUGGCCCUCCCUGGACAGAGACAUUGAACAAUGGGUCUCCAGAUGUGACCCGUGCCAAGAAGUUCGCCCAGCGCCGCUGCAAUCCGAAGUCGCGAAGUGGGAGACCCCCAGCAACCCCUGGUCGAGGAUCCACAUCGACUUCGCGGGUCCGAUGCAAGGGCGACACCUCCUCAUCGUGGUAGAUACCUUCUCCAAGUGGCUCGAGGUGGUACCCAUGGCAUCUACCACAACAGAAGCGACGAUCCGAGCCCUGCGCCGUCUGUUCGCCACACAUGGACUACCGGAUGUGCUGGUC